AGUUCGCAAAAAUGCUUCAUCAAUUCAUCUCAUCAAAAUAUUUGUGAAAUGACUACAACUUAGGAGAAGGUUCAAGCUCUAGCCCAGGGACGUUCCUUGCUCUCCUCUUUAUGUAGGUCCUGUAGAGAAAUAGAGUACCAAUACUAACUCACCGUGCUGUUCCGCGUUCAUCGUUGCAAAUUUUGUAACGUAUUGAACAAAAUUAAUACUAGUGCAAUUCCUGUUUUCAUCUCCUGGGAGUGAGAAUUUUCUCGACCAUCCGCGCAUCUUUAUUCUGAAUUGAAAAUGGAUGCCGAAUACGAAGACAGCACCGUUCAUCUGUACUCGUUAGCGAAUUACACUUUUGGUACAAAGGAAGCACAGUAUGAAAAGGACACGUCGGUCCAGCUAAGGUUCCAGCGGAUGAAGGAGGAAUACCAGAAGCAUGGCAUGCGCCGCUCCGUGGAGGCAAUACUGCUGGUGCACGAGCACAACAUCACACACGUUCUGCUUCUACAACUUGGCACGACGUUCUUCAAGUUGCCUGGAGGGGAGUUGAAACCUGGUGAGCAGUAUACAGAUGGUCUCAAGAGAAUUCUCGACAAUUUUAUGGGUGAAGAAGAGGAUGCGGCUGUUGACUGGCAAGUGGAUCACUUAGUUGCAAAGUGGUUUCGACCAAACUUUGAGGCGUCCCAGUACCCCUAUGUACCUGCCCAUGUCACCAAAGCAAAGGAGGAGAAGCGGCUGUACAUCGUGCAACUCCCAGAAAAAGCCAAGUUUGCGGUGCCUAAAAACUACAAGCUAGUUGCUGCACCAAUAUUUGAGCUGUAUGACAACACCUCAGGCUAUGGGCCAGUCAUUGCUGCAUUGCCACAUCAGCUGAGUAGGUUUUCUAUGAACUAUGUUGUUUCAUAGGUAGAAGCAGCGCGCCCGGAUGAAAUGUGUGAGGCGAGUUGCGACAUCCGUUUUUUCCGCUUCAGCCGCGAUCUUAGGUUCGCGGUCGGAGCACAUGUGUGCUGUACUGCUAGUCGCUACUUGAAGUUUUGUGCUGUGUUGAAGAAACAUAAGCUGGCAACUGACAACUGUCAACAGGUGGCAAUCAGGACUACUGCAGUGUGACAUCCACUGCUCCGUAUAUGCGGCACACGGUCCUUUGCCGACCUUCAAGAACGUGUAGCACCAGUGUUGUCUUGAAUACCUGUCUUGACGAUGAUGAUGAUGAUGAUGAUGAUGAUGGUGUAGGUGUGUUUGUGUGCGUGUGUAUGUGUAUGUGAAUAGUACUUUUCACACCAGGAGAGCACCAACACCCAGCUAGCAGUCACUAGAGGACGUGGCUGACACUCGUCUUGUUGUAGUCAACAGCACGUGUGCCAAAGGACGCGUAGUAGGUUUCUUUCUCAUUUCUCUUUUCCUUCUUCGUCUUGUUUACGUCUGCACUUCUAGCUGUCCACCUUGUCUUUGGUUGGCACCAAAAUUCAUGGUCCAAUGUUUAUUCUUGAAGUACCCGUUGUUUGUCAGUUGUCCCAUUUCUAAUUAGUUUGCACGUUGAGGAACAAAGUACGCUCCGCUCAUUUCUUGAUCACUUCUGAAUUGGGGGACCAUGAAUCAGAUCGUCUUCAACAAUCUUUUGCACUUUCUUGGGCCUCUUUUUCACUGUUAUGUAAAAAUUCCUGCUCGUUGUCUCCAAUGAAAUACACAUGAUGCAUGCAUGCGCUCACAUCUAGAUGCUUAGCUUAGGUAUGUAAGCGUGUUCAACUAGCGAACACCAUGACCAGCUAGGCACAUUUCAGAACUGUUCCUCUUGUCCUUUGGUAUGGCAGUAUAAUCCAUACUUAGUCAUUCCAGAGAAGAUUUUGUAGAAGUGCAUGAAGCCCGUCUGCUUGUAAUCUGCCGGGUCUCACUCAUCUAACAAUGACAGCAAUACAUUGCAGUGA